AUGGUGCGGGCGGCGGUGCUUGGAGCGUUUCGACGCGUGAUGCGGGCGAGAGCAGUUGCGUUCCAAGGGGACGAGGCGGCGCUGACACAGGCACGAUCACGGAUCCGCGACGAGUUUCUCAAGAACCGCAAGCUGUCCGACGAGAAGGCCAUCGACAAGGCUGUUGCUAUUGCGAAUGAUGUGGAGAAGCUACUGCUCCAGAACGUGAUGCAAGCACGCCAGACAGACAGCGGCACUUACAGACUACGCUUCACGGAGCACACCAAGUUCAACGACAAUGUGCCGAUGAAGGAGAGUGCGUGA